AUGGCCACCAACGAACCCGAGCACGAGCACAGAGACGUCGAGGAAUUUGGAGCUAACAAGGACGAGGACACCGGAGCUCAAGUCGCUCCGAUUGUUAGGCUUGAGGAGGUUGCCGUCAAUACCGGUGAGGAAGACGAAGAUGCCGUCCUCGAUCUAAGAAGGCUUGCGGUUGAAGGUUGGAGCGGAUGUUCUUCUCACGUUGUGGCUAAUUUAGCUGUGACACCUGCUCUUGGGUUUCUUUGCUUUGUGGCGUUGAGAGGUGUUUCUGGUAUUGAUGUUCGUGGAAGCUCUUCUGAUCUUCAAGAGCCUUUGCUUGUGGAAGGAGAUAGAGCCAAGGCAAGUUACAAGGUGUUGAAGUCAAAUUGGAAAAGGUCGAAGUCGGAGAAUCCUUCAAGGCCUCCUUCUUUGGCACCUGCAAUUCUGAAGUCGUUUUGGAAAGAAGCAGCUUGCAGUGCCGUAUUUGCUGGGUUGAAUACUCUCUUGUCAUAUGUGGGGCCUUACAUGAUCAGUUACUUUGUUGAUUAUCUUGGAGGGAAGUAUAUUUUCCCUCAUGAAUGCUUGCUGAGACAGUCACCACCCGUCAAUGUGAAACAGGGGAUGAGUGUUCAGGAACACGUUGGAAAUGAAAUGUCUUGUGUAUGGCAUGCCCGUUACUUUGCUGAUGGUGAACUCAAGGAUGAGAUUUUCUGCAUCCGAUUUGCCUCUAUUGAGAGUGAGUUUGAUAUUGACUGA